UCGAUGUCCGAUGGGGAUUUGCAACGCACCAGCCACGUUUCAACGGGCUAUGAAUGUGACAUUCCAGAACUUCGUCAACAAGGCGCGGCUCACUCAGGGGAUGAUUAACUUCUGCAUCAUCGUGUACAUGGACGACAUCCUCGUCUACUCGGAGACCUAUCACGGGCAUGCACAACAUAUCGAGCGGACGCUAGGAGCUAUGAGAGAUGUUGGGUUCAAGAUCGCGCUCGAAAAGAGAGAGUUUUUCCUCUCAGAAAUCUUGUUCUUGGGUUACGUGGUGACACGUGGAGGACUGCGACCAGAUUCAAGGAAAGUCGAGGCGGUGAAAAAUGCUCCUGUCCCCACGCCAGUGACGCUGGUUCGAGCUUUCAUGGGACUGGCAUCGUACUACCGUCGCCUUAUCAAAGGCUUCAUUGCGAUCGCGCGACCUAUGACGAAUCUGUUGCGGAAGGACCAGCCCCUCAGUUGGGACGCAGAGUGCGAACAGGCCUUCGCCACCCUUAACUUGAAAGGCGCUUUGGCGGCGGCACCUAUUUUGAUCCGGUCGGACCCUACGAAGCAGUUCAUUCUCAUAACGGACUGGCAGCCAGAGGCGAUUUCUGCUAUUCUAGCGCAAAAGGGGAAUAACGGUCGAGAGCACGUCAUCGAGUACGUGCUCGUACGGUGCCAGACGAACGAAGGAACGACUCAGCCCCACAAGACUCUAUUUCUUGAGAUCGACGUCACCAAUCUCACAGUCUGGGACCCCAUCAUCGGGCGAGGAAACGAGCGGCAAGAGGAGGAAGGCGAAGAAAACGAAGAAGAAGAAUCGAGCGAAGAUAGUGAAGAUCCUGAUUACAUUCAGGAAGAAGAAGAGGACAGGGAAGGAGAGGAGCCAACAACAGAAGAAGAGGGAGCAGGUGGGCCGAGUCAGCAGCCCGAAGGAAGCAGAGAAGAAGAAGAGGCAAGAGCACGAAAACGGUUGGAAAAGACGGAGGAGAAACGGCCAGUUGAGGAAAGGUCCCUGCCGGAUCUAUCAUUGGGAAACCUGUGGCUCGAUCCAGAGCCCCCGAAGGAAGACGAAGGAAACGAUGGAACCGGAGCGGAGGGAUCGGGAAGACGCAGCCGAAGGAGCGAAUCGCCGACUUCGUCUGGUUCCUCUGCCCGACCUGCCCUUCGCCUACGUCAGCAUGAGGGCGAUCGGGCUUCGUCCCCGUUUGUUCUCUUUCCGUCCCCUUGACUUCCUGAUGGUCACCCGACUCCCUGGUAGACCCCCGUUCCCCGUUGGAUGGUGUCCCUUCCCUCCCGACCUCUUCCACCACCUC